GGUCUGUUCCGCCACACUGCUACUCACGAUACCCACUGUCAUGCUGCUAUGCAGACGACGAGCGACCCAGGGAGCACUUUGAAUCCCAUAGAGAACACCGCUUCUCACGUCGAUGAUGCUCCCUCCACCUCGUCUUCAUUCGAACCGCCUCCGCACAUCUACGAUGCUGCAUAUUCAUCUGUGCUGGUUGAUGAAUGCAUGAUCAAAGGCAUUCCUUGCAUGCGUAGGCGCGACAAUUCGUGGGUCAACGCGACUCAGAUCCUCAAGGUCGCCGGUGUGAACAAGGGGAAGAGGACGGUAGUCAUGGACCGGCGAGUAUUGAAGGGACAACACGAAAUUAUACAGGGAGGACACGGGAAAUACCAAGGCACUUGGAUUCCGCUCGACAGAGGUCGUGAGCUUGCACGACGGUUCCACGUUGACAAACUCUUUACUCCACUAUUCGACUACACACCCAAAAGUAACCCAUUCGAUGACGACCUACCAGAAGGCCCGUCUUCACUAACCUCCGGAGUGUCGUCGUUGUCGAUCACGGGGUCGAACAAUAACAUGGCUGCUUUCAUAUCUGGCCUCUCUGACCCAUCAAGAGUGCGUGGAGAUGCCCUUCGCAUGCUCAACCAGGCUCGUUCUGAAGGCCUCUUUUCGAUGAUGACCGCCGAUUAUCUACUUACCCAACCCACUCUCCCUCCUCCGCCACCAUCACCGCCGUUGUCGCUGAAAAGGAAACGAAUGGAAGAAAAGGUCAAGGAACCCAAGCCGGACAAAGGCAAGAAAAAGGACAUUACAGGACCCGCUAAACGUCCCAAGAAGAAACCUCCGAAACCUUCUAUGACUGAAUAUAUUCAGUAUACUCCAGGUGUGAAAAAGGCAGAACGCUUGCCACGCACAAUAACACGCACGCUGAGGGACCAACGCUCCAGGAAGAAGUCACUAUCACGGUUUCCUCCUCCUCCGGGCUAUGAGGAUGUGUCGUUUCGUGCAGAGCAUUCCUCCAAGCGCCCUUCAGAAGGGCAUGUGCUUCGCACUAGGAAGGAACUUUUCUGUUCAGGACCUCCCCCGUCAUCUGAAGACGACGCCACGGACGAGAAACCUACGUCUAGGUGUUCAACUCCUCGUCCGUCGGCUUCGGACGGUGGAAACGAACAGAAUCAUGACAUGGAAAUCAAGGAUUCUACUCGAAUAAACACACCUGAUGAGAAGACAUAUGGUGGUAGCCCCCCACACGUUCAGCAGGAAUUGAAUGGUUUACCACGGAUGCAUGAACAACGUAGACAAGCAGAAGAAAGCGAGAGCAAUGAGAUUGACAAGAGGGAUCAUCGGACUUUUAGUCGUCCUGUACAGACCUCUACUGGGCGCUCGACGAGAGCAUCGACAGCAGCUGGAAAGUCCCAGCGAAAUCGGGAUACAGAGCGGCAAGGUUACAGCGUGCGUAUCUUGCCACCUCCCAGGAUGAUCAAGCCACCGGCGUGCGAGGCUCCUCGAAAUCCGUCUGUCUGCUUGGUAUCUCCCUAGGGAUUUUUGGAGGAUGUGCGUGUGUUAUUGUUAUGUUAAUAAUGGAAUCAGAUGUACACCGAUGCUGUGUCUUCGUAGCUAAGCCUCUGACCGAAAUUAUCCAGUAUCAUAUAUCACCCUUGAUCUGAUACAAGCGAGGAUAUUAGUAUGAAGUAUCUCUUGGUCAUUUUAAAUAUAACAGACUGUUCUGUGGUGGGUGAU